UAUUGAUAGGAUAUGUGCAUGGGUUGUUAUUAAAACUUUAAAAACAAUGAAACUCUAUAUGUUUUGACAAAUUGGUUAAUUCAUUGCUUUAUUGUUUGGUCUGUUGGUUGAUAGUCACUCAUUUAGUCACAGCAUGGCAACUGAUGACGAAAGCAGAAGGUCCACUGCGGCCCAGUUUUUCAAAGAAGAAGAUGCCGCGGCUAGUGAAUCGAUGUCUCCAUAUGACAGGGUGGUUGAUUUACUAAAUCAGGCAGCGUUAGCUCAGAGAGAUGCACAGAAGAUCACCUACUUAAGACAGGUUCAGGAGUUAAUUAUUCACAAGGAUCCCACAAUGCUGGAUAAUUUUCUUGAUGAAAUACUAGCAUUUCAAAGUGAUCGGUCUCCAGAUGUGAAGCGAUUUGUUAUUGGAUUUAUGGAAGAGGCAAGUAAAAAAGACCCAGAAGCUCUUCCAAAAGUUCUUCCGAGUUUGAAUAUUUUGUUGUCUGAUGAAAAUGUAAAUGUUCAGAAGAAGGUCAUUCUGGUGCUGGUGCCCAUGUAUAAGAAUACACUGCAGUGGUUAAACAAGGCCAAGAGUCCAUCACCUGAAAUGACAGCCUCCUGGGAACAGAUCCACAACCUUAAGAGUCGUCUGUAUGAAAUGCUUGAUUCAGAAAACGAUGGAAUUCGAACUCAUGUUGUUAAAUUCCUGGAGAGCUUAGCUUUGGUGUUGACAAAAAAAUCUUCAGAUUCUGAAAUCCCCAAGAAACAGGACAAUGACUUCUCCCUUGACCUAGUUGCUGAUGGUCGUCACUAUCUGAAAUUGAAGAAACUUGAAGAUCAAGGUUGUAAAACAUUUGAAACUUUGAUACGAUUUCAGGCAUCACCACACAUUUCUAGUAUUAACUUGAUGACUGUAAUGGGAGCUUUAACCAACAUAGCUAAACAGAGGCCAAUCUUCUUUGAUCAGGUUGUCCAAGGCUUUGAAGCUUUACAUGUAAAUUUACCACCCACGCUGUCCAAGUCUCAGGUGAGCAGUGUGAGGAAAAACUUAAAGAUGCAGAUGAUUUCCUUGUUGAAACACCCGCGAUCUGUCGACCACCUCACGCAGAUCACAACUCUGCUUACAGAUCUCGGAGCUAGUCAGUCAGAGAUAAACAAAAACAUGCCAAAGAUCGAAGAAACACGAAAACGAAAACAGGUCGAAGAACCAUCAACAUCUACAGGUAGUAAGAAAGCAAAGAUAGAGAUUCUUGACGACGAUGACAAAGAGGAUGAUGAUAUCGGCGACACUCCGUGGACCGACCGAAGUAAGGAGACCAAACCGACCGGAACGCAGAAACAGACUGCGAUUGACAUCACGGCUGAAGACUUGUUACCGAGACUCACUGCACAACAUGUCGCUGAUCUCGUGCUCCUCAGUAUGGUUAUGUUGCCUGAUACCAUGCCAGCCCAGUUUCAGUCUACGUACACGCCAAUAGCCGCUGCCGGCACAGACACACAAGUCAAACACAUGGCCCGCUUGUUGGCAACACAGCUCACAAUGGCCGGCAUGGGCAAAGGACUUGGAGAGUUAAUGAAAGUAGCUAUGGAGACUUCAUCGGAGGAUCCUGGAGCUACUCCAGUUCAGCCAACAUCUCCAAAACAUAUCAUUCAGACUUUAGUCGGUGGUACAGUUGAACAGUUUGAUUUAGAGUUUAAGAAACCUGAAAUGCCAGUGACAGCUGCAGUUCCUGCAAGGAAAGGUGUCAUUCAGCAGUUCAAACUGGCCAGUGUGACGAAACCUUUGGAAGAAGACCAGCUCAGUGAGAUGACCAUCUCAACCAUUCAGAGAAUAUUCAACUCAGACAAAAUUGCAACAUUGGGGAACGUUCCUGGUGCUAGAGUGAAGAUUCUCUCCAGCCUAACAGCCCAGUUUGGUGGAGAUCUAAAGAGUGUAAUGCUGCAGUAUGUGAUGGACGACCUGCGAUCCCGGAUGGACCUGGCGUUUUCCUGGUUGUAUCAGGAGUACGCCAACUGCCAGGGUUUCAACGUGGCCAUGCCUGUAGGGGAGAAACCUGACAUGGCCAGUUACGACGAGUGUCUCACAUCUCUGCUGCAGGGAAUCAUAGAAGGACCAGAACACAGAGACGGGUUGUUUGGUCGUCUGGUGUUAGAGGCUCCAAUUAUGACAGAAAAUGCUAUUUUAAUCUUGCGAAGAUUUUGCAUGGAUGAGAAUCGAGUUGUGUUUGGCAUGGAAACGUUAAAGCAGUUGAUUCUGAUGAGGCCAUCACACAGACUGGAGUUCCUUGAUGUACUGUUGGACUUCACUUCCAAUGAAAUUGCAGAGGUUCGAAAUACAGCUGUGAAUCUAUCAAAAACACUUCAUCAAGAUGUUAAAUUACAGGCAGCUAUUGAGCUAUAUGCCUUGGAUCACCUGAAGAAAUUGUUGCUGCCCAAGCCCCCACCUGAGAGUCAACCAAAAACACUGAUGAUGCUGAAAACAGAGGCUGUGUGGAAUGAGGAGUCUAUCAAGAAGCAUCUGUAUCUGUAUCUGGGAAUGUUGCCAAACAAUCACAAACUUAUACAUGAACUAGCUAAUGUUUACACUGCCACAUCAGCAGAUAUCAAAAGAAGUAUUCUCAGAGUUUUGGAAGUUCCGGUUAAAGGUAUGGGGAUGCAGUCUCCUGAGCUAUUGCGUCUUGUAGAGAACUGUCCUAAAGGAGCAGAGACUCUUGUGAUGAGAGUUAUUCACAUUCUCACAGACAAAGCUGUGCCGUCUCCUGAGUUAGUAGAAAGAAUCCGAGAUCUCUAUCACAAAAGAGUUCCCGAUGUCCGUUUUCUUAUUCCUGUCCUAACUGGCUUAAACAAGAAAGAGGUUACUGCGGCUUUACCCAAGCUGAUCAAACUGAACCCAAUGGUAGUUAAAGAGGUUUUCAACAGACUAAUGGGUGGACACAGUGACAGCACAGCAACUUACACAUCUCCUUUGACUCCAGCUGAACUUCUAGUUUCUCUCCAUAACAUCGAUCCAGCCAAGUGCGAUAUGAAGACUAUUAUUAAAGCUGCCAACCUGUGUUUUGCUGAGCGGAGUAUCUACACACAGGAGGUGUUGGCCAUUGUGAUGCAGCAGCUCAUGGAACACAACCCGCUGCCCACGUUGUUGAUGCGCACAGUGUUACAGUCCCUGUCCAUGUACCCGCGACUCAUCGGCUUCGUGCUCAAUAUCCUGCAGAGACUCAUAAAAAAACAGGUGUGGAAGCAGAAGAAGGUGUGGGAAGGGUUCGUCAAGUGCUGCCAGCGGACCAAACCGCAGUCUUUCCAAGUUCUGCUUCAGCUCCCACUGCCACAACUUCAGAAUGCCUUUGAGAUCAGCCCUGAACUCCGGGAACCUCUGCUGAACCACAUCCAGGCUCUUACAGAAUCACAGAAAGCUCAUAUUCCAGCAGAAAUGAUGAAGAUCUUAGAGACAGACCUACAGGAAGCACAGAAAAAAAUAGAAGCAGACAAAUUGCUGCAGGAAAAGCUUGAAAAUGAAAAACUAGAGAAGGAAAAAUUAGAAAAGCAACGACUUGAGCGUGAGAAAAAUGACCAAAUUAGAAUCGAGAGAGAACGGCUAGCAAAUGAGUGGCUAAAAAAGCAGGAGGCUGAAAAAAGGAAAUUGGAAAAGGGACAGCUAGAGAAAGAAAGGUCACACAAGGAAAAGCUGGAAAAAGACAAAUCAGAUAGGAAAGAUAAAGAAAGACACCAGAAAGAGCAUGAAAGAGAGAAGACUGCCAAAGCAGAACUGGAAAAGAAAGAGGAACUGAGGAAACAAAAUGAAGAAGAAGAAAUGAGAAGGAAAGAGCAACAGAAAAAAGAAGAAGAAUUGAGAAGGAAAGAGCAACACAGAAAAGAAGAAGAAUUGAGAAGAAAAGAACAAGAGAAAAAAGAAGCAGAACUGAAAAGAAAAGAGAGAGAGAGAGAAGCAGAACGGAAAAGAAAAGAGCAAGAGAGGGAAGCAGCAGAACUGAGAAGGCAAGAGCAGCUGAAAGAACGAGCUAAGUCUGCAGAACAGCUGCUGGUCAUUAAACAGGAGCAUUCACCGGGAAAACUGGAGGUUGAUGAAGAAACUCACCCAGAACCGAGUGCUGUAAAACAAGAAAUGGAUGUAGACAUGGAACAUGAAAGAGUGAGACAAAAAGUAACACCCGAGAAAAAAGUGAAGACUGAGAUGCCAAUGAGAACUAGUGCUAGAAUGGAGAGGAAGAAGAUGGAGGAAGUAGAAGCAAACGUACAGGCUUCUGAGCAGGUGUCUGCUGAAGCUGUAGCCAUGGAUACAAGUGUGAACUCUGAUGAGGAAGCCCUGGAGAUUGCAGCAUCAACUCCAGAAGAAUCGGGAGAUACUGAAGAGACAGUGGAGGAAGAUGAGGGAGAAGGUGAAGCAGCUACUAAACAGACUUCAAGUCGAGGCAGGGGCAGAAGCCGGGGGCGAGGAAAGGGGAGGGGAAGGGGGAAAUCAGCAACUAGAAAGAGUUCACGGUCAAAGAAAUCUUGAUAAAUCAAACCAUGUUGUGAAAAAUCUUUUUAAACUAAACUUGGCAUGUGAGCCAUGAUGUAAACAUACUGUUUUGAGUAGUGCAACUUGUGUUGAAGUUAUCUGUGUCAGUUCACUGGUUUUGUGUUUGCCUGACUGAGGUGGGAGUGGAUGUACAAGGUAUUAUGAUAAUAUCUGUAUAUGUCUGACCACUUUACCAAUAAAUCAUUUUGUAAUUCAG